AUGUCGGACGGUCGACAAUGUCCGAAGAUUGUUAUGGCCAAGAGUGACUAUGCGAGAGUACAAAGCGACGAUGUUGAGAUUGCCGAACUGGACAAGCCCGAUUGCGCCGAUUUCCUUUCCCGACAACGCGCUUCCUCACAACCCCGCGAAUAUAGCCCGCGUAUCGGUCUAUGUCUCACCGACUCAUCACAAACCUUGUUUUUGCAAUUGGUCAAAACCAGCUCUGGAAUGUUGGACGCCACUUAUGUCACUAGAUCACUGCUGACCUUAGCCAAUUCUGUAACGGCUGUUCGGCAGGUAAUUGUGAGCAUCGAGCUUAAAGAGGUGAGAGAUGGGAAUCGGGCGAUGGCGUGUCACUUUGCUCCGGUCGUACGGCAAGGGGUUUUCAGCUCAACUGAGAAACGGUGUGAAAAUGGCAUGGAGAAAGGAGGCUUUAAAAUUGCAUGCCGCACACAAGAUUUGUUUGAUCGUACUGGUCUAACAAAUUUUGAUGGGCUAAAAUCCUACCUUUGA